ACCCCUCUUCCUCUCCACCCUCACACACACGCACAACGCACCACUGAGGCGGAGGCGAAGGGGCAAAGGCGAAGCGGAGGCGAUGUCGUCGGCGGGGAAGGAGAAGGCGAGCGCCGGCAAGCGCGGCGGGGCCAAGGACCCCGCCGAGGCGCUCCGCUCGGACAAGCGCCGCCGCGACAUGGACGACUCCGACCCCGAGAUCGACAGUGACUUCAAGGAGAUCGUGUCGAUGCUGCGCCACAUCAAGGAGAAGGCGCACAAGGACGGCGUGAAGAAGACCGAGCAGGCCAUCUCCAGUGUUGCAACAGAGAUUCAGUCAAUGGUACAGGACACCAAGACCAAGUUUGAGAAGGAAAGACAGAGUUUCCUUAAAGCUCUAACGAAGACAUCCAAAGAGUGUGAAGGUUCAUUGAAGACAGAGUACACCAAGUUUGAAGCCACUCAUGACAAGUUCUGCAAAGACAAAGCUGCACACGUUCAGAAUUUCAAAGAUCUCUUCUCAAAGUUUGAAGUUGAAAAGGAGAAACUGAUUGUUCAGUAUGAACUGCAAAGGAAGAAAGAGAAGGUUACUCUGUCUGAGCUUGAGAAGACCGUUGCAGAGAAGAUUGCUGAUGCAGAAGUAUCUCUGAAGAAGAUGAAGCAGGGUGACAAAUCCAUCAGCAUGCUCAAGAAGUCCUUUGCCUCGUUUCUGGGCCCUGACGACGAGGACUGAUGCAGCUCUUACCAUGUGUACUUCAUCUUUAAGACCGACACGUAGAUACUGGAUAGUUGAUGCACAGGGGAAAGAGAGAGGGAGUAGGUUCUGUAGGAAUUUGGGUUAGCUUCACCGCCCGGCUCAUGCGGUUUUCGUGUUCUCGUGCAUGACCAAAGAUCAGUGCAAGACUAAUAUAGCCAUACAAAUCAUGUUCCGAUUCGUUUCGGCAUAAUUAAACAAGGAACCACGCUGCAGUCUGUAGGUAUGAUCUAUGCAAGAUUAUUAGUUGA